CUGAAGAGGAAGGUGAUUCUAAGAAUGAAUAUGAUUUAUUAAUCAAGUUCCAGUAACAAGUGACAGAUUAAAAAAAUGACUAACACCAGUGAUCGGAUGGAUUUGGCUUUUGUGCUUCAAACAGGGUUCACUAGCGCCAAUCUAGCUGAUAACAAUAGACUUUUGGAGACUGUAAAAGCAUUUGUCCACUUUGGAGCUUUCAUUGUCACUGGUCUCUUUACCUGCCUCAUCAUAGCGACAGUGUGGCACAACCAGGGGCUGCGUCAGAACCCUCGCUAUCUUAUGUUGUGUCAGCACUGUGUCUGUGUGACCGGCUUCAACAUAAUGGGUGCAGUCGUACACAGCCUUCGCAGCCUACGUUGGCCAAUCUCUCGAAUCACCUGUUGGAUCCUCUUCGACCUGCAGGUGGUGAUGGCACGAGGUUUGAUGAUCACCCUCACACUGAUGUCCAUCAGCACUUGUCUGUCCAUUUGCAUGCCACUCCACUACCCCAUUCUGGUCCAGCGCUUGCACCGCUGGGUUGCAUUGGUAGCUUGCAUUCUCACCCUGCUCAACCCCGUAGUGUUCACUGUCCUAGCCUGUGUGCGCUUUCCGUGGGACUACGUGGUAGGGCUGGACACCGAGUGCUCUACGGCAUUGGAGGGCACUGCAUGCAUCGCCAGCGCUUUAGCAUUGCUGUUAUUGCUGGUGCUGCUUAUUAUCAUAAGCUACAUGGCGAUUUACCUGGAAGGCAGACGUGCUGGCCAUUUCAAGCGAUCCAACAGUAAAGGCCGCCGCACCAUUCUCAUCCACAGUCUGCAGAUGAGCCUGCACAUUCUUCCCUCUCUCAUCAUCAUUUCCCGGCAUCAGGAGGCACUCCCCAUAGCAGUGUCGAUUUUCAUCCUCUUCAGUUUUGCGCAGUCCCUGAGCCCUGUGGUGUUCGGCCUGUGCUGCAAAGAGCUCUAUAAGGAGAUGCCACAAUUUCUGCCAUGCUUCUGGGGAACCUGUGGCAGCUGUGGUCACAUUGGGAGCAUGGAGAGCACCAGUACUGGGACAAUAACCAGUGCGAAGACUGCCAUCAGCAUAGAGACUAACGCCUCCACCUGUAAGGCCACCAGCAUCCCAUCUGUCAUUACCACAGAGCAUGAGGGCGAGAAUGAGAGCUCAGACUUCACCGAGUUAACUGUAUAA